CUCUGUGAUGUCACGCUGGUUGCCGGGCAACAGAAGUUCCAUGCCCACAAAGCGGUCUUGGCAGCUUGCAGCGAUUACUUCAGGGUCGGGAGAAGCCUAAGCGGCGUGGGCCUAACAGUGGAAGUCCUCUCUAGCUCCCUUCGGACGCGCUCCCACACACGCACACCCCACCCCAGGUUCUGCCAGUGGCCUGUGCUCAGUCAAGCAGAGGAAGUUUAAUUAAAACAGCUCAGCCAUGCUGAGAAACACAGCCUUUAUCUAACAGAGAGCAGACCUACUCUGGCAGCACACCGCCCGGCAGUUCACCCCCUAAAUAGAAAACAGGAAGUGGACACGGCUCUGCCUUUGAAUGUUCAAGUACCCAUACCAUGCUCCUAGCCUGGGUCUAGGUAUUGGUUCAGGUCUGGAUCUAGUUUGGCCUGGUUCUGGUCAGGUUUAUGGCUUGUUCCUGGUUGUCUGAUCAAUGCCUUUCCGUCCUCUCAUGGUGCGACAUCGAUCAAUAUCUUUGAUUAGAGAGAAUCCCGCUGUAAACCCAGCGGGACUUCUAGGACAGUCUGGGGCUUUCAUCUCUAAUGGAGUGAGUGUGUGUGUGUGGGUGUUUGUGUGUCUUCAGGCCAUGUUCAGUCUGUGCAUGGUGGAGAGCGGUGCUGGUGAGGUGACCUUGCAAGGUGUAACCAGCCUGGGACUCAAACAUGCUCUCGACUUCGCCUACACUGGACAGAUCAUGCUGGAGCCGGGGCUGGUCCAGGACGUCCUGUCGGCCGGGAGUCACCUGCAGCUGCUGGAGCUGCUCAGUCUGUGCUCGCACUACCUUAUCCAGGAGCUAAGCAGCAGUAACUACCUGGACCUGUACCGGCUGGCCGACUUGUUCCACCUGCCGGCGGUGGCGGAGGCGGUGGUGGACUUCCUGGUGGAGCACCUGAGGGAGCAGCAGGAGGAGGAGGUGCAGCUCCUCCCACUCCGCCUCCUCAGGGAGGUGCUGCAGAGCGACCGGCUCACCUCGCUCACCGAAGAGGAGAUCUGGAAGUUGGUGGUCCGGUGGUUGGAGCGGGACUGUCGGUACCAGUACAGCGAGGACCUCCUCCAGCACGUGCGCUUCGGACUGUUGGCCCCGCCCACCCUGCAGCAGCUGUCCUGCUGCCCCCUGGUGCGCUCCUGCCCCUCUGUCGCCGCCCUGGUGGAGGAGGCCCUGGACUACCACCACACCCCCUUCUCCCAGCCCCUCCAGCAGAGCGCCCGCACCCGCCCACGCCGCCAGGCCCUCGUGCUCUACCUGGCCGGGGGCAGGAAGCGCGAGACGACCCGGGUACGAGAGCUGCGCUACUUCAACUCGGCCAAUCGCAAGCUGGUGGGCGGGGCCUCAGACUGGGGUGACCUGAUGGGCGGGGCUUCGAACUGGAGCGAGGUGGCGGCCAUGACGACGGGGCGGAGCCACCACUGUGUGGCGGUCAUGGGGGACUUCCUGUUUGUGGCAGGCGGGGAGGUGGAGCACGCCACAAACAGGACGUGCGCAGUGAGGACGGCGUGCCGCUACGACCCCCGGGUCAACCGGUGGACUGACAUUGCCCCCAUGAAGGCAUGCCGGGAGCACUUCCUGCUGGGCGUGCUGGGCAGCUUCCUGUACGCGGUGGGCGGGAGGAACGAGCUGCGGCAGGUGCUGCCCUCCGUGGAGCGCUACUGCCCCCGCAGGAACCGCUGGAACUACGUCCAGCCCUUUGACCGUUCGCUGUCCUGCCACGCUGGCUGUGUAGCAGACGGACUGCUCUGGGUCUCAGGCGGAGUUACCAACACAGCUCAGUACCAAAACCGACUGAUGGUGUUUGACCCAGAACAGAACAAGUGGCUGUCCCGGAGCCCCAUGCUCCAGCGCCGAGUGUACCAUGUCAUGGCGGCGGUGCGGCGCCACCUGUACGUGCUGGGCGGGAACGACCUGGACUACAACAACGACCGCGUCCUGGUGAGGCACAUCGACGCCUACCACCUGGACACCGACCAAUGGACGCGCUGCUCCUUCAACCUGCUCACCGGUCAGAAUGAGGCGGGAGUGGCGGUCCAUGACCACAGGAUCUAUGUGGUCGGAGGUUACUCCAUCUGGACCAACGAACCUCUGGCUUGUAUCCAGGUGCUGGAUGUGAGCUCAGAGGGAGAGGAGGAAGUGUUCUAUGGACCCACUCUGCCAUUUGCAUCCAAUGGCAUCGCUGCUUGCUUCCUGCCCACCCCCUCUCUGACCUGUCCAAACCUCCCCAGCCUUCAGGAGCCGUCCCAUUGGAUAGGAGCCGUCUGACCAAUCACAUCACCCCAGGAUUGGGGGCGUCUGACCAAUCAUAUGACUGUCCAGAAACGGUCUGACCAACCACGGGACAGGACUGGG